GCACUUCGCAGGUUCACUUGCAGGCAGGCACGAAGCACGCUGAACUGACUGUACAACGAGAUCUCAAGAUGACUACCGCCCACAGACCCACGUUCGACCCUGCGCGAGGCAAGGAAGCCCUGCGAGGACCAGCGUAUCAUCAGCGGCUCCUCCCUGCACACACUCUCUUAAAAGUCCGCCAAGCAGGCCAGGAAGACCAGUCGCAAGUGCGCGACCUGCGCGCCGAGCUCCUUCAAGCCGAGGCGGCCCAUUUUGCGAAGAAGAGAGGUGAUGUCCCGGAACAAGCCGUCGGUGAUCAGGCUCCCGCCGUAAAACGCCAGCUCGAGGGGCCAACAUCCGGCGACGGCAGUCCCGCGGAGGACGAGGAUCUUGAAGCCAAACGGCGACGCAUAUUAGAAGAGACACGUCAUAUAGACGCAGACUCAGAUGCUUCAGAAGAGGAAGAUAGCGACGAAGAGAGCGACAGCGACGAAGAUGAAGCCGCCGAGCUCAUGAGAGAGCUGGAAAAGAUCAAAAGAGAACGACAGGAGCAGAAGGAAAAGGAGGAACGCGAACGGGCUGCUGAAGAGGAAGAGAAGCGGGAGUAUGAUAUCGCUCGAGGCAAUCCUUUACUCAACCCCGAAGACUUCAACAUGAAGCGGAGAUGGGACGAUGACGUCGUUUUCAAGAAUCAAGCCCGAGGGACACAGGACAAGAAUGGCAAAGAAUUUGUUAACGACUUGCUUCGAUCGGACUUUCAUAAGCGGUUCAUGUCCAAGUAUGUUCGAUAAAGCCUUGGCUUUGCAAUAUGAUUUCUUCACGAUGAUUUUACCACAAACUUCUGCCUUGUCCAACGCCAGCCCUUCCUCACUGCAACCUUGCUCGGGAAUUUCCAUUUCUACAGGUCCCUACUCGGAUCAAGUAUCUGAGCCUUUGUUGACCGGGGGGCGUUGCAGAAUCGCAUAAUACAGGCCUUUGUCUCAGCGACUUCCCAGCAAUGACUUAAAUGGUCAUAUGAUAGAGGAGAGCAAGCGGUGAAAAGAGCCAUCUCCUUCUAUUAAUAUUUUUAAUAGCAGACAGA